AUGAACAACCUUCGUGAACUGCUUCAGGCCAACAAUAUUAUAUCCAAAUUGAAUUCUUUACAAAAUUUAACAAACCCAUGUUCAUGGACAGGGGUUUUAUGCAACCCAAACAAUUCGUUUAUCACCGGGCUUUCCCUCUCGUCUUUCUAUCUGUUCACCAUCCAAGAUGCUUCUUCUUGGUCGUCUCUUGUUUGCGGGAUUCAAACGUUAGAAACGCUUGAUGUUUCCAACAAUCAGCUGGCGGUAAUCGCGCCUCCUUUGUUGCUGUCUUCCUGUGGUGGUUUGAAGGUUUUGAACUUUAGCUUCAACAUGUUGAGUGGUAACAUUCCGAGUUUUCAAAGGUCUUUAGAGCGUUUAGAUCUUUCUCAUAAUUCUUUACAUGGUGUUAUCCCUGAUCAGAUUACAGAAUAUCAUAAUCUUUCCGUUCUUGAUCUCAGUUACAAUCGUCUCAACGGGUUGAUGCCUUCUGGUAUUGGUAAACUGUCCAAAUUGAAACAGUUAAUUCUCUCUCAAAAUGCACUCACUGGUGCAAUUCCUUCUGAAAUUGGCCAUCUGUCCAAAUUGGAACAGUUGAUUCUCUCUGCAAACAACCUCACUGGUGAAAUACCGCAAUUAAUCGCGCAAAUCACUACUUUAAAACGUUUUGCUGCAAAUUACAACAGUUUUACUGGUGCAAUCCCACUGGGAAUCACUAGUUAUAUUAGUCAUUUAGACCUGAGUUAUAACAAGUUAAGCGGGUCAAUCCCAAGUGGACUUCUGUCCCAGCCGAAUCUGCUGUCUGUUGAUCUAUCUUUUAAUAAGCUAGAGGGGUCUAUACCUGUCAAUUUGUCGAAAAGUCUGGUUCGGUUGAGGCUAGGGAGCAAUCGGUUAACUGGGGAGAUACCGUCAUGGUCACUAAGGACUGAUGUUCCGUCUUUAACUUAUCUAGAAAUUGGUUACAACAGUUUAACCGGGAUGGUCCCUCGCGAGUUGAGAUUAUGCAAGAAUUUAUCGCUUUUGGACUUGUCACAUAACAAUCUAAGUGGUCAUGUUCCUCGUGAGUUGGGUGAACUUAACAAGUUGCAAGUUGUUCAGCUUGAUCAUAACAGUUUGUCUGGAGAGAUCCCAGAUGAAAUUAGUGGGUUACAGAUUCUUAAUAAGCUAAAUAUGAGUUGGAAUUCACUGAAUGGUUCCAUCCCACCAUCACUUUCAAAGCUGCAGAAGUUGAAUAAUCUUGACUUGCAAGUCAACAAUCUGACCGGCCCAAUUCCCAACUCGUUUGGUACCAUGAAUUUGCUAUUGGAGCUUCAACUCGGGAGGAACAGACUCAGUGGUGUUAUAAGGUCUCUGCCCACUAACUUGCAGAUUGCUUUAAAUCUCAGUAGAAACAACUUUGAAGGGCCGAUACCCGCAUCUCUAUCCAGAUUGCAAUCACUCGAAAUCUUGGAUCUUUCAAACAACCGAUUCAAUGGUAGUAUUCCAAAUUUCUUGACUCAAAUGGGGAGCUUGACACAGAUACUACUUUCCAACAAUUUGCUUACAGGAUCGGUUCCUCGGUUUCGUCCAAAUGUUAAUGUAUCCACUGGGGGGAAUAUAAAUUUGUCAUAUCCGCCACCAAAUCCACCACCAAACCCGUCAUAUGCGUCUUCAGUAUCAAUUGUAGAUUGGAUGAAUAAGAACGCAGUGUCUGUGGGAAUCGUUGUGUCUUCCACUGCAUUGGUUGUUGAAGUUAUGGUAGUUGUAGUUGUGGCCGUUAUAGUUUUCAGGAAGGUUCAUAGGAUCAACACAUGA